AUGGCUCUGAGUAAAUCAGUGGAUGCAAGAAAGAGAUACAAGGGCAAACCUCCUGACUUUGCAUAUCUGGCAACCAAAUAUCCAGAUUUUAAGCAGCAAGUUCAGAUAAAUCUGCAUGGAGGAGUUAGUCUUAAUUUUAAAGACCCUGAAGCAGUCAGAGCUCUGACUUGUACUCUGCUAAGGGAAGAUUUUGGACUUUCUAUCGAUAUUCCACUGGAGAGACUGAUUCCUACAGUUCCCUUGAGACUCAACUAUAUUCAUUGGGUUGAAGGUCUGAUCGGUCAUCAGAACUCUGACAAAAGUACCCUCCGAAGAGGAAUUGACAUAGGUGCUGGGGAAUCCUGCAUCUAUCCUUUACUUGGAACAACCUUAAAUGGCUGGUAUUUCCUUGCAACAGAGGUAAAUGAUAUGUGCUUCAACUACGCAAAGAAGAAUGUGGAGCAGAAUAACUUAUCUGAUCCUAUAAAAGCAGUUAAAGUGUCACAGAAGACACUCCUGAUGGGUACUCUUAAAGAAGAAUCUCAGAUAAUUUAUGACUUUUGCAUGUGCAACCCUCCCUUUUUUGCCAAUCAGUUGGAAGCCGAGGGAGUAAAUUCUCAAAAUCCUCGAAGACCCCCACCCAGUUCUGUAAAUACAGGAGGAAUCACAGAGAUCAUGGCAGAAGGAGGUGAAUUAGAGUUUGUUAAAAGGAUCAUCCAUGACAGUUUACAGCUUGAAAAAAGAUUAAGAUGGUAUAGCUGUAUGCUGGGAAAGAAAUGCAGCCUGGCUUCUCUGAAGGAAGAACUUCACACACAAAGGGUUCCUAAAGUCACCUAUACUGAAUUCUGCCAGGGUCGGACAACGAGAUGGGCUUUGGCUUGGAGUUUUUAUGAUGACGUAACAGUACCAUCACCACCCAGUAAGCGAAGAAAACUAGGGAGGCCAAGGAAGCCCAUUACGUUUGUAGCCCUGGGGUCUGUGAUGGAAGAACUAGCCCUCAAAGCGUCAUCUCUGGGCCCUGAGCCAGUGGAAGGCAUCGUGGUUGUGACAACAUGGAUUGAAAAAGUCCUCACUGACCUAAAGGUCCAGCAUAAACAAGUUCCCUGUGGAAAGGAGGAAAUGAGUCUUUUCCUAACGGCCAUAGAAAACUCCUGGAUUCACUUAAGGAGGAAGAAAAGAGGCCGAGUGAGACAGCUGAGAGAAGGGCCCCUAGCGCCCAAGGAUGUGGUCGAAGUCUUGGAAGAGGAAAUGUCUCCCCCAGAGUCUGGCAGGAGCCAGGAUGUUGCCCAGGGCCCCCAGGAGAGUGCCCUGGGGGGCCCUGCUCCACCUGAAGGUGAGUCUGCCACUGUGGGGGGCCAUGGCCCCAGCCAGGACUCGCUUUCCCAGGAGGAAAACCCAGAACCCACGGAGGAUGAAAUGAGUGAGAAAAAGGGGGACAUGGAGGUUCUGGAAGGUUGUAAAGGCUCUAGUAAUGGAGCCCAGGACCACAAGUCUCCUGAGCCCUUCAGCAGCCCAGUGUCUGAAAAAGGGAACCAUCUCCAAGGAGUGGCUGGACAUUACUUAUUCAAGUGUCUGAUAAAUGUUAAGAAGGAGGUAGAUGAUGCCUUAGUUGAAACGCACUGGGUUGAGGGCCAGAACAGGGAUUUGAUGAAUUGUACUUAUAUACAUAACCAAAUUUUCAGGCUUGUUGCUAGUUAA